AUGAAUAAUUUCGAAAAGGUUGACGCCUUAGGAUAAUUGCCAUUAGCAAGGUUUGGACACACCAUUACUUAUAUUGCAAAGGGCAAGGCUAUUUUAUUUGGUGGUAAGGAGAAUUGAAUAAUUACAGGUGCGACUGGUGAUACUGGGAAAUAUAGCAUUACAGGUGAUACAUUCUCAUUUGACAUGCAGACUAAAUAAUGGAAAAGGGUCGAAGGUAAUAAAAAAUAUAAAAAAUUUAGUAUAGGGAACUGCACCUAAUCCAAGAGCAGCUCAUGCAGCAGUGUGUGUCGAUAUAAAUUAAAUAGUAAUUUACGGUGGAGCAACAGGAGGUAUGAGAAUUGAUUUAUAAUGGUAGGUGGUAGUUUGGCAUCGGAUGAUCUAUAUUUGUUAGAUUUAAGAUCAGCAGAUGAUAUUGGUUAAUGGACUGUAGUACCAGUAGUUGGAACAACCCCAGGAAGAAGGUAUGGUCAUACACUUACAUUUACUAAACCAUUUUUGAUUGCAUUUGGAGGAAAUACAGGUCAGGAGCCAGUUAACGAUUGUUGUAUGAAUUAAUCAUUUGAAUUAAGGGUGUGUUAACGUUGAGAAGAGUCCCAUUACAUGGAUGCGAUUGGAAUGCAAGUCCGAAUAGCCAAUAGCUAGAGUAUAUCACUCUGCUAGUAUUUGUACCAAUGGUAGUGCCAAUGGGAUGGUCGUAGCAUUUGGAGGUCGCUCAAAUGACUAACAAGCAUUAAAUGAUGCCUGGGGAUUGAGAAGACACAGAGAUGGAAGAUGGGAUUGGGUAAAAGCCCCUUAUAAAAUCGAUAAAGAGUAGCCCAUUGGCAGAUAUUAGCAUUCCACUCUAUUUGUCUAUAGCAUGCUAUUUGUCAUAGGAGGUAGAACUGGAAAUGUUGGUGAAACGCUCACCAUAGAUGUUUAUGAUACUGAGACUUCUGAGUGGUCUAAAUUCAAUAGCAUUCAGAGAUUCAGACAUUCUUCUUGGUUGGUUGAUACCAAUAUUUUUGUUUACGGUGGAUUCGAGCUAGAUUCACCUAAUAUCCCAACUGACAUCAUUUCUAAAAUCAAUUUGAACAAAUUACUAUUACCAAGCGAACCUUUGACUAAUAAAUUAGCCUAAUAUUAACAUGCAUAGAGGAAGUAUUAUCCAUUUUGUAUUUAGUGUAUCCCCUCAAUCUCUUUCGCCUUAGAUGAGUCCUGCUUCAACAGAUACAUCCAAUUCUUCUUUAAAUAGUUCAUUGAUGCAAAAGAAGGGAACACCCAACAGCUAAAUUAAUACUCAGAAAUAAUAAAAACCUUUUAUGUAGAAUCAAGUUGAAAAACCCUCCUUUAAGUUCAUUACUUAGGCUAUUGUGGCUGAAGAGAGCAGAGACUCAAAGGUCUAGAAUAAAAAACAAAGGCUUCCCUAAUCUGCUCAAGAUAACAAUAUUGCUCAUUUAUUUAUUAAUACCCUCUUGUAACCAAAAACUUUUAUCAAUCUUCAAGAAAAUGCUAAAUUUUUAUUCUAAGCACAACAUAUCAUCAUGCUCUGUGAUUAGGCUGAGGCAGUUAUCAAGGAAUAACCUAUGGUUUUAAGAUGCAAAGCUCCAAUUAAAAUCUUUGGGGAUAUUCAUGGAUAGUAUUCUGAUUUAAUGAGAUUCUUUGAUUUAUGGGGAUCACCUUUUGUGGAUGGUAAGGAUAGUGACAUUGAAGCAUUUGACUAUCUGUUUUUAGGAGAUUUCGUUGAUCGAGGUAACCAUUCCCUAGAAACCAUCUGUUUACUUUUAGCUUUGAAAGUCAGAUAUCCAGAAUCAAUUCAUUUAAUUAGAGGCAAUCAUGAAGAUAAAUGGAUUAAUAAUGGAUUUGGAUUCUCAGAAGAAUGUGCUUAGAGAUUAGGGGAGGAUCCAAACGAUGAUGAUUCUGUUUUUGCAAGAGUUAAUAGACUAUUUGAAUGGUUACCAUUGGCUGCAAUUGUUGAAGAUAAAAUAAUCUGUCUACAUGGUGGCAUUGGUAGCUAACUGAAUUAUGUUGCUGAAAUUGAAAAUCUUCAAAGACCCCUUGAAGUUAUACAUGAAGUCACAACUCCAGAAUAAUAAUUGGUUGUAGACAUCCUAUGGUCUGAUCCUACUGAUUCUGACUAAGAUUUUGGAAUCCAACCAAACAUUAUAAGAGAUCCUGCAGGAACUGGAAACAUUGUUAAGUUUGGUCCAGAUAGAGUUAUCAAUUUUCUAAUUAAGAACAGCCUUUCUCUUAUAAUUCGUGCUCAUGAAUGUGUCAUGGAUGGUUUUGAAAGAUUUGCAGGUACGUUUUACAUCUUAAUUAAGGUGGUCAAUUAUUGACAGUAUUUAGUGCUACUGAUUAUUGUGGUAGACAUAAAAAUGCAGGAGCAGUACUGAUUUUAAAAAGAAAUCUAGAGAUUGUUCCUAAAUUAAUAUAUCCCCAAAAUCUAAAUGCUCACAAUUGGAUUGAAGACGAAGAGACACUUAAAAAAAGACCUCCAACACCACCUCGUUGGAAAAACUAGGGUCAACGUAGAAGUUACGAAUGA